AUGGCAAAACCCAUGGCCGACCCUUGGUGCAGGACGCACAUGUCUUCGCAAAAAAAAACCAUCUCUUCAUUCUCAUCCAGAAGCAACAUGGCAGACGAAAACAAAGACAUCCCCAUGGACGGCGAAAUCGAGGAGCAAGAGUACGAUGCCGAAAAAAUCAGAAUGUUGCCCGGAUCUUCGGACGACGGCACUGCCGCAUCUUUCCAGGUUUUGGACGAAGACCACACAUUGGGAAACGCCUUGAGAUACAUGAUCAUGAAGAACCCGGAGGUGGAGUUUUGCGGCUACUCCAUCCCGCAUCCUUCGGAGAACAAGUUGAACAUCCGUAUCCAGACAUACGGGAACAUCACCGCGUUGGAGGCGUUGCAUCAGGGUUUGGACAACUUGUCUGAAUUGUGCACGCAUGUGGAGGAAACGUUUACCGAGAAGGUGGAUGCUGGGAACUUUGCCACGGUGGAGCCAUGA